UGGCGCUACUUGAAGAAAACCCCGAUCAUUUGGAGAACUCUCUUCUUCUCGGUAAUACUUCACACAAUGAGGAGAAUUUCAAUGUCUCUAUCACGAACUUUAAUCCGUGAAACCCUAACUCGCAGAUCUCCUAAUGUUCACAGAAAUGUGAUUCUUCGUUGUUACUGUAAUCAUCCUUCUUCUAACAAUUCAUCUUCCUCCUCAAAGAAUCCAGGACCUCUUAUUAAGUACAAGAGCUUGGUUGAACAAGGGAAGCUACAACAUGACCCAUUCCAAGAAAAAGUGGCUAUUGAAUUGCAGAAUUUACUUGGGAGGUUGAAGCAGUAUGAGAAAGAUAUGGAGGAAUAUCAUUUAAAGCUGGACAAAUGGGAAAAGAGUAGAGAGGAUGAGAGACGAAGGCUUUUGACAGAGGAAGCUGAGGCUAGGCAACAGGGUGGUGUAUGGACAGCAGCCAACAAAAAAAGGAGUUCCUUUAUGGAAAAGUAUAUUAUACGGAAAAGAAACGAUAGUGUAGAACCAGGAGUGGGUAAAUGGGUCUCAUAUCUUAAUCGAGAGAGGAGGUUGGAUUCCGCAGUUGGUCACCGUCCAGUUGCUCCAGUUGCCCCUAAAGGAUUAUAUUUGUAUGGAAAUGUUGGAAGUGGAAAAACAAUGCUGAUGGACAUGUUUUACAGUUCCACUGAAGGUAUCAUUCCACACAGAAGAAGGUAUCACUUUCACGAGGCCAUGCUUGAAAUAAAUGAACAUAUGCAUAAUCUAUGGAAGAAACAAGUGGAGGAGAAGUCUUCACGGUCAAGCAUUUCUAGUUGGAUUAUGAACCUUCCUUUUGAUACAAAGGUGAAAGAAUGGUUGGCUGCAGAAGAAAGAUAUAAACAAGAAGUGCAGCUGAAAAACAUUCUCCCUGCUGUAGCAGACAAAUUUCUUCUAGAUCGUCAAGCAGGUCAAAAAGGAGCAAGCAUUCUUUGCUUUGAUGAGAUACAGACUGUUGAUGUGUUCGCUAUCAUCGCCUUAUCUGGAAUUCUGAGCAGAUUGUUAACUACUGGGACCGUUCUUGUCGCUACUAGUAAUAGAGCACCUGAAGAUUUGAAUCAGGAUGGCAUGCAGAAGGAUAUUUUCCUGAAACUUGUACGGAAAUUGGAUGAGCAUUGUCAGAAUGUUUUGAUUGGAAGUGAGAUCGAUUAUCGCCGUUUUAUAGCAAAAAGCAGCGUAGAUCAGGUUCGCUACUUGUCACCCUUGGAUGAUAAGGCAGCUAAAGAAUUUGAGAAAAUGUGGUCUAAAGUCAUCAACCAAUCUGGUGGAAAGAUUGUAUCCAAUACUAUCCCUGUGAUGUUUGGAAGGUAUUUGGAAGUUCCUGAAAGCUGCAAUGGGGUAGCGCGCUUCACAUUUGACUAUCUAUGUGGUCGCCCGGUUGGAGCAGCAGACUAUAUUGCAAUAGCAAAAAAUUACCACACUAUAUUUGUAUCAGACAUUCCCGUGAUGAGUAUGCGCAUUAGGGACAAGGCACGCCGAUUUAUCACCCUCGUCGAUGAGUUAUACAAUCAUCACUGCAGCCUUUUUUGUACUGCAGCUUCUUCUAUCGAUAAUCUAUUUCAAGGAACAGAUGAGGGAACACUUUUUGAUUUGGAGAGUUUUCAAUUCGAGACAGAGACAGAGGGUGGGGCACUACGUCGAGAUGUGUUAGCAAAAGGAAGUGUGAGUUCAAGUGGUGCACCAUCUGGUAUUCAGUCCCUGUUAUCAGGACAAGAAGAGAUGUUUGCCUUCCGUAGAGCAGUUUCAAGACUUAUUGAAAUGCAGAGCUCUUUGUACUUGGAAAAAGUUUCACAGAUACAUCCAUAUUUCCAAAAGAAUCAACAUGUAGUGAGUGAUUCUCAUCCAAGAACUUCAAAAUCUGAACCUUCAUCAUCUGAACCAGCAGUCUCAUUUUAGUUGCUCCAUUCAUCCUCAUGAUUUAUUGUUGUUCUUGUUUCACAAAAUAAUUACCAACUUCUGUACUUUGUAUCAUUUUAAUAAAUGGGUUCAUAGAUUACUGCUGCAGCUUUCUAUUAUGGAUCAGGUGUAGUGUGUAAUACAAACUGUUGUCCCUCAUUUAAACUGAUCUUAGUGAUUUAAAGUCUUAA